CGGCACUAUUUACCGGUCCUGUCUUUCCCGCAGACCCCGCCGUUAUCAUAAAAUGACGACCAAGAUCUCGCCAGGGUGCUCUCUACUGACCCCAUCAACACUUUGAGUCAGCUUCAUUGACGACUACUUCUUAGAGCUCGGCGACCUCCAAAUCUUUCUGCAGUCUCCUGGUUGUCUGGACAACUCUAUAUUGCCGUGCCGAGGCCGUAUAUCUUUCGUAGAGUUCGCAGCUUCCAGCCUUCAUUUCCCAUUUCACCACUGUAGACCGUUACUCGACCGCUCCACAAGAUGUUCUCGCCCGCUGCCGAUACUGAGACGUUCUCGACGCCUCCUCAGAGUCCCAUGCCCCUGAUCGUCGACCGAGACAUCCUCGAUCGUCCUUCGCUCUCACGAAGAAACAGUCGGCCGUCGAACCUUCGAAUUCAGCAGUCCUUUUCAGGUUUGAAACCCGACAUUGUCAUCGACAGCCAACCGUCCCCCAACGUCAGUCCCAUCAUGCACACAUCUUCGAGAGGCUCGACGCCGAAUACGGCUGUUCCAAGUGCGAAUGGUCACGCACACACCAUGUCCGUGACGAGCCCACUAGCAAACUCCUUGACGCCAAAUCCAAAGUCCCCACAUCCCCCGUAUGUUGCAUCCGAACGACGAGCAUCUUCGCCCAUGCGCUCGCCCUGUUUCGUUCAUUCUCAGCUCCAAGGACCGUCUUUCACGGAAUGGUUACGGAUCAAGCACCAGAAGGCGCAACAGGAGGCCCGCAUCGACGGACCGCCCAAGGCGGGCGACGUGAAUCCCAUUGGCCAGGGCUACCCCAAUGGCACCGUCACAGAGCCUGCCUACGAGACUGGCUAUCUGCAUGCUGAUGAGGACGAGGAUGAGACGGCGAGCAGUUUGACGAAGCAAUUGGCUGAGACGGCAGUCGGCGUGCGCGAGAUGAGCAAGCAGCUCGGCCGCACCCGUGUGCAUUCGAACAUCCAAUCCAUCCUGAUUGUGACAAAGGCAAGAGAUAAUCGCCUCAUCAAGCUGACGAGAGAGCUGGCUCUCUACUUAAUGCUCAAGCCCCGUAAGGGCGGAAGGGGCCUGAUUGUCUAUGUCGACCAUCAGCUGAAGACGUCCCGACGCUUCGACGCGGCUGGCAUGGAAAAGGACCAUCCCGAGCUUUUCGUGCCGGUCCCCCGCCGUCGCUCAUCCAGCAGCUCCUCUCUCGCGUCUAUGUCAAGCACAAAGAGCGACACAACUAUGCCCGAAGGGCAGCUACGCUACUGGACUCCUGAAAUGUGCAGCCGUCAACCACACCUAUUUGACUUCGUCGUUACCCUCGGCGGCGACGGCACCGUACUGUUCACCUCCUGGCUUUUCCAGCGCAUUGUCCCACCCGUGCUUCCCUUCGCGCUCGGCUCGCUCGGCUUCUUGACCAAUUUUGAUUUCGCGGACCACCAAGCCGUCAUGGACAAUGCCAUCGAUGCCGGCAUCCGCGUCAACCUUCGCAUGCGUUUCACCUGCACAGUCUACCGUGCCAUCGCUCCCGAGCCCGGCAAGGGUCGCCGGGCUAUUAAGAAGGCCGAAACAGGCGAGAUCCUCAUGAGGAACCUUGAGAAGAGCGGCUGGGAGGCGCUCGAGUCGGGGUACAUGGGUGGCAUACCAGACGGCAAAUGCACGAAAGACAAGGAGAUCAUGUGUUUCACAACACGCCCGGUCGAAUCGUUUGAGGUCUUGAAUGACCUUGUCGUCGACCGCGGCCCGAGUCCCUACGUCAGCCUGCUCGAGCUCUUUGGCGACGAGCAGCAUUUGACGACAGUGCAAGCCGACGGCCUGACGAUUUCGACACCCACCGGCUCGACUGCGUAUUCGCUGUCUGCGGGCGGUUCCCUGGUACACCCCGAAAUACCGGCGAUUCUUAUCACGCCCAUAUGCCCACACACGCUGUCUUUUCGGCCCAUGCUCCUACCCGACACCAUGGAACUCCGGAUCUGUGUACCGUUCAACUCUCGCAGCACAGCGUGGGCAUCGUUUGACGGUCGCGGGCGCAUCGAGCUCAAGCAGGGUGAUCAUAUCAAGGUCACGGCUUCGAAGUACCCUUUCCCCACGGUCUGCUCUAUCAGCCAGUCGACUGAUUGGUUUCAAUCUAUCUCGCGCACGCUCAAAUGGAACGAACGAGAGAGGCAAAAAUCUUUCGUUGUCGUUGAGGAGAGUCCGGUCAAGAAGCGGCACAGGCGGCGCUCGUCAUCGCAGUCUACCGCAUCCGCCGAUGCGCCGGAGGAGGCAAUCGAAGACGAAGAAGACACGACGGAAGAGGAGAACGAGGAAGAUGAAAAAUUCGACAUUGAUGACCUGUCGUCGGCCGAGUCGUCGUCGCCGCAGGCCAAGUCAAGUCCAGACAGGCCGCAGGGGCAGAUCGGCGUGCUGCCGCAGCAGAUCGGACGCGAGAAAGCGGCCGAGCAAGAGUUUGACGAGAUGGGACAUCGGCUGCGUGCAGAGAUCGCGGCGCGCGCGAUCGCGCAGGGAAGCCCUAUCUUGAAGAAGGGUCGCCGCUCGCGGUCGCGGCCGGGCACCGAGUCCGGCAUCGAGACACCCGACCGCUUCACCAACGGACACCCACACCCGCCGAGGCUCUCGCCGCGACACGUGCAGUUCCAGGCACCGGAGGUGUUCUCGUCAUCGAGCUCGACGUCCGUGGCAGGCGUGAAUCACAUGGAGAGGGAGGCCACCCUGCGAGGCGAGCGCGGCGCGCGGGACGAUAUACACUCGCCACACGGGAUGAACGGGAGCAGGAAUCGGAUACCGCGUGACCGGGACAUCGAGAACGAGAGCGCACGGACGCCAACGUCGCCUGUGGACAGGCGAAGACGGUCGCGCGAGCGCACGGCGCACGUCGGGUUCGAUGGGGACACGCACCCGCGAAGGGCGUUCGCGGUUUGGGGUCAGGAUGAAAGUGACAGUGCUACCAGCGACAGUGAUUUAUUUUAGUGGAAUUCAGCUUUAAGGUAUUCAGCUUCUGAGGUAGGAGGUAUGCGGGCAAAAACGACUGAUAUAGACGGCAUGGAUGUACUGAUAGCACUGAUAGAAAUUAACUCAUACGUGUACAUUAUGCAUUUGAUAGUAAAAAAGCUUGCUCCUGCCCUGGCC